GACUCAUCACAGCAUCAGAAUAGACAAGAAUUCACUGUGAGCUUCACAUCUCAUUACAGCUAAUGGACCAAUCAAAUCAGUCCACAGCUUCAAAACAUCCAAUCAGGCGUGAGUCUGGACCUGGUUUUCUACUGAACACACAAGUUCAUUACCUCACUAUCACUUUGUCUAAACAGGAACGAUGAUCACACUCUUUGUGGCUCUUUACUCUCUGCUUUGUCUCUGCACAACUGGAAACCCGACUGACAUCAAGGAGUUUCAAGUGAAAACAAAGCCUGGAGAAGCUGUAACUAUGGAGUGCAACUUUAGCGGGGACAAAAACAAAAAGAGUUUUGCUUGGUACAGACAGAGUUUUGGAAAAGUGCCUCAGGUUUUUGCCAGAGAGUACGGUGGCACUCCUGGCUACACAUUUUUCGAGGGAUUUAAAGAUAGCCGCUUCACUGUUACUGUAAAGGACCAAAAGUUUGAUCUCAACAUUAAUGAAACAAGAGAAGAUGAUGGAGGAGAAUAUUUCUGUGGAUAUGUGGAGGGAAGUACAGUAAAGUUCACAUCUGGAACACGUCUGCAGUUUGAAGGUGAAGAGAUGAAACCCUGUCCUACACCUGGAACACUUAACAAGAACACACACUCUGUUACACACCAGGGUUCAAACAGCAGUGACGAAAAAGGAGAGAUGAAUAAGAUUUUUGCCUUAAUAGCCACCAAUAUAAUAUCUGUUAUUGUAAUUGUGGCUCUGGUUGGAAUUUUACUUAAAAAUCAAAGAAAAGGUUCUUCAUCAAACAACCAUCAAACUCCCACCAAUCAGGCUGAUGAUGAAGAUGUCUUGAACUAUGCAGCUGUGAGUUUUGCUAAGAAACCUUCAUCCUCCAGAACAUCCAGAGACACGAGCCAUCAAGACGUUUAUGCAGAAGUUAAAAUAAAAUAGAUAAAGAAAAAUCAAGUCAGAACUAAAAAACAAUAUGAAUGUAAUCAUCCCAGUUUGUACACAGAUGUGUUAUUCAGACAAAAACAUUUUUAUUACUGAAACGUUCAUUAUUAUUUCCAAACUGUUUUCUUGUAUUAAUUUGCUCUACCUGAUAGAUCUUUAUUGUUUGCUUGUUUUAUUUCUUUUUCAACUUUUUGAUUACUCAACGUCCUACACCC